GUCGGCUCGGCUACUUAAAGCGAGUCCAGUGGAGCACAGAAAGUCCUGCACCCAAAGCAAACUCCUGCUUCCCAAUUCGCACAGCCCAGCCAGCCCAAGGAUGAUGGCGCGAUGUCUCCCCCGACUUCUCCGCUGGGUCCUCGCCUUCGCUGCGAUUUGGAGCCAGCUGCUCCUCAUCUACGUCACCUUCUUCGGGUUCACACAUGUUAUUUUGGUCUGGAUCCGCAUCGUCCGCAUCGGCGUUGCCGCCGCCGUGGCGGCCUUCGUCCUCACCUAUUUCCGCUGAGCGGAGGCGCCGGCGCCGGCGGCGGCUUCCUCCACGGCGCGCCGCCGGGCUCACCGCGGGGGAUGGCGGUGGGAACGCGUCUCGCCGUGCAGCAGCAGCAGCCGACGAAGACGCAGCAGCAGAGGCAGCGGGGAAUCGGAUGCGGCGGCGCUGAUGCAGCGGGGGUGGCGCCUCCUCCUUCGCCGCGGGGGAUGCCGAUGGCGCCGGGGCCGCGUCUCGCCAUCGACCAGCAGCCGUCGACGAUCCUCGCACCUUCUCCGACGACCACACUGCAGAAGCAGCAGGGGAUCGGGUUCGGCGGCGCUGCAGCAGCGGUGGCGCCUCCUCCUUCGCCGCGGGGGAUGCCGAUGGCGCCGGGGCCGCGUCUCGCCAUCCAGCCGCCGUCGACGAUCCUCGCGCCUCCGACGACCACACUGCAGAAGCAGCAGGGGAUCGGGUUCGGUGGCGCUGCAGCGGGUGUGGCGCCUCCUCCUUCGCCGCCGGGGAUGUCGAUGGUGGCGGGCCCGCGUCCCGCCAGGCAGCACAAGCGGAAGCAGCCGAACGUCGCGCCGCUGCAGCAGAAGAUUCAGGGCUUCGGCGGGGCCGGGGCUGGAGCUGGACCGGCCCCGGUGUCUUCCUCGGCGCGCGCGAUGGCGGAGAAGGCCGCAGCUGCAGACCCGGAGGAGGAGGCGCGAGCGAGGGAGCGCGCGGCAGCGGAGCAGAUCGCGUACGAGGACGCGCGGAAGGCAUGCAACCCGGACUUCACGACGCAGUUCGCCUCCGUCGAGGACGCCAUCAGCAGGCUGCUUCGGAACGAGGAGGACGUGGUCUACGUGGAGAAGCUGGUGCUGGCCUUCAACGUCGCCGUCCGGAAGUCCGGCGCCGGCGCCGCCCGCGCCGAGGAGCGGCUCAUGGUGGAGAACCUCCUGCUCGCCGACGAGCAGCGGCAGUCGGAGCACGUCAGCGCCCUCGUCCGGCAGCAGCAGCUGGUGGCGCUGCACCUCAUGCUAGCGUAACAGCAACAGAUGAUGGCGCCGCGCAGCCGUUGAGUUCAGGGAGUAGCACAGUACGUUGCUAGAGCUUUGUGAUUCGUGAUAGACAUUGACCGACCUGAUUCCUUGCCAUGCGCGAUCGUUCUUCGUGUCUCUGUUUUGAUCGAUAGCGAGUGAGAUUGUGCAUUGGCCUGAUCCGUGGCUUUGUGCAUUUGGCAUGUGAAUUGUGAACUUGAUUCUUCGAUUGACAAGACCGAAGUUAGUUUGGUUUA